AUGAUUGAAGUAAUUGCCGAAAUUUUACGGGGUCCCGUAUUUCUAGCAGGCGAAACUCUCCAUUGUCGAAUAACAUUAAUAAAUAAAUCAACUAAUGAAAAUGAUGCAACAUAUAAUCAGGGAACGCCGGAAAAAAUAUCAUGGGCAAGUGUUCAACUACAUUGCCAGCGUUAUGUAAACGAGCAGAAAGUUAAUUUACAACAACAACAAAAUUCAAGUGCAAAAUCGAAUGAUUCACUUGCAACCAAUGUUGAUAUUGUUCCAUUGGAUUCUACUGCUUUAAUUGCUACAAAAGGCGAAACUGGUCAAACAGUCUAUACAUCUAAACCAUGUGUACUGUUUUGUGAUCUUAUAUUACAACCAGGCGAAACUCGAAUGUUUUCUUACAGUGAAACAAUUUCGACUCAUGUACCUCCUACAUUUCGAGGAAAUUACGUUAAAUAUUCAUAUAAACUUACAAUUGGUACACAACGUGUGAAUCAUCCAACAACAUUGAUUCGAGUACCUUUUCGCGUAUUAGUUGUACCAGAUUUAGAUAAGUAUAUUCGACAGGAUAAAGUGGCAAUAGCUUCAUCUCAACCUGGCACUACCGUUGAUAAUCCAUUUGUUUGCCCGAAUCGUACAGAAAUUGAUUCUUUAACAACAGCUUUAGAUGCUCUUCAAAUUCUCACAUCUCGAACGCAUCAACAUGUUUACAAUGUAACUAAUAAUCGUGGUCGUGUUUGUCGUUUCACAUUAUUUAAAAAUAAUUUAAAAUUAGGUGAAGAUAUAUUAGGUAUACUUGAUUUCGACCAUACAGAUGUACCAUGCGUACAAUAUACUGUUACAUUACAAAGUGAAGAAAUCUUAAAUCCACAUUAUCGUCGAAAAUCAAGUCAAUUAGCUAAUGCAACAUCAUAUACAAGACAAUCGGAAUUUUGUUUAUCAACAUUUCAAACAUAUUUAUCUCUUUCUAUUCCAUUAUCUUGUACACCAACAUUUUCAAUAGAUCUUGUUUCAUUACGAUGGAAGUUACAUUUUGAAUUUGUCAUAUCGAAAACUCCACGUGGUUCAUUACUAACAAAUAAUGAUCCAUCAAAAAGCACAGCGUGGUCACCGCCCAAUUCAAUGGAUGUUGAAAGCAUGACGUGGGAUUUACCGAUAAAAAUUUUGCCAACAAAUCCAUAUUUUGCUAAUAAUGUCGCGAAAGUUUCUUGUACAACAGUUGCUAUUAUUUAA